AUGAAGGUGUUGCUGUCGUUGUCGCUGCUGUGCCUGCUGGUGGUGGUCCUCACCAAGGGCCAAUCGCGAUACCUGAGCCAGACGUCCAGGAUGAAGGUGUUGCUGUCGUUGUCGCUGCUGUGCCUGCUGGUGGUGGUCCUCACCAAGGGCGCUCAUCAGACCUACCGCCUGCACUACCGGGGAGCCGCCCUCUGUGCCACCUUCACCAGGCGCAAGGCCUCGGUCAACAGCGUCAUCAGGGUGCGGGGGCCACCUCAGGGCCAUCCUGCCUCCUGUACUCCAGCUUCCCUCCGCCUCCACCACGGCCUCUCUGCGUUUUCUUACUGUGAGGGCGAGACUGUGGACUGCAUCCUGGCGGCAUCAAACUAUACUGUGGGGUCCAGGGCCACCUCAGGGCCAUCCUGCCUCCUGUACUCCAGCUUACCUCCGCCUCCACCACGGCCUCAGGGCACGAAGCAGUUCAAGCUGAGCUCAGGCACCACCAGCGAUGGAAGCGUGACGUCCCUCAGCGCCCAGAACCUCUGCGCGGCGGACGGCCUUCAGUUUGCAAUGAUCGAGACCGCCAAUGAACACAAGCAACUGCUUGCCCAAGUUGGGCCAGAGAUCAGAUCACGAUGCACUGUCUCAUGCUUGGCUUGGAUAUGGCUUGACUCAAAUUUACACUGGGUGGAUGGUAGUGUGCUGAACAAGUGCGAGGUUUCCGCCGACAGCCCUUCAGCGUCCGGCAGCUGUGCCGCUCAGGAAUGGGAGACAAUGGUGGUGUGGCAAAUGCCGUGCACUCUUCGACCUGUUCCCGUCAUCUGCCAAACUUACGUGUGAAUUAACCACGAAUAGUUGAUAGCGAUCAAUGGUGUACAGACUUUCAAAUUUACACCGAUUAGCAGUUGAACCGACUAUUCACUAAUUGUUUGAAGUAUUAAGCUUAUUACAAGCCAUUAGCUGGUGGACCUACAGGUUUUGAUAGAUGAAGCUACAAGUUAUUCUUAGCAUGCCACUCGCUUGACUGUCUCUCAUUUACUUUAUCACUCACAUUUAAUAUUCACCAGAAUGCUUAUGCGCCACUCAUAGUACGUAUAGUAUAGUGGUGUCGGCACUGAAUAAAUAGGCUUAGGCCUGCUGCAAAUUGUUGUACUUUUCGUAUUUUGUUCACAGGAGCUUUGAAGGCCUUGUUUUUUUUUGAAGGCAGUAGUCACUUUCGUCCGUGUGACGUCAGAAAGGCAAAAUAUAUUUAGCUACCUAAUUAACCAGGAA